AUGCCCUCGUCGGUCUUCUUCAAUGGCCUUGGGGACGGUACCGAUUUCGACCUCGCCAUCUAUAGUGAGGAUGGCAAGGAAGGUAACUACCGUCGUGACGGCGCGGCGACUCCCGCGAUCAAGCCUGGUGCUGGAAAAGCCGCCCGAUAUGUUACCGGCAAGAUGCCAGGCCACGCCAAGUCAUCCUUCAAAAAGGAUCAAGCCGCAAAAGAUAAAGCCGACAAGGCGGCCUCAACAACCAUUCAAGAGGCCUCUACCGAGCAAGAGAAAAUGCAGGCCAUGUUCCAAGUGCUCUCCAACACUUGGUCCGCGGAGCGAGAAGACCUAGCUCAGCGCCGCGUUAAGCGGACAACGGGUAUUCCUCGCUCUUUUCUCACGACUGUGGAUAAGAGUGUAGCCCUAGCACAGUCGGGCGGAGAUGAUGAGGCAAAGCGACCAGCGGGUAUCAUGGUGAAUGCGGAUGGGGACUUUGUCAUUGCUCGGCCGGACAAGGCGUCAUGGGAAAAAUACCAGGCCAAGGCGAAGUCUUCGGCCGCGGCAAAGGGCGAAACGGCUGCGGAUAAGGAGCUUCGUGAGAGGGGCUGGAAUGUCCGGUGGACAAAAAAUGUUCAUAGAGCCAAUGAAGACGCCCUGCUCGAUUUCGUCUGCCCUGCUUGCAAGGCUGAAGGCGUCCUCAUAGAUGACCUCAAGCCGGAUGAUGAAAUGACUGAAAAGAUCAAGGAGUAUCUUCAGGAGAAGGAGAAGGAAGUACCCAAGAGCCCAAGCCCUGCUCCCAAGAGCCCGGCCGCUCUCAACCAGGAGUCCGAAUCUAAGUCUCCCGAGCCUCAAGGCGAAGGCGCUAGCAGUGGCACGUCUGACGCAACGGCCCAAGCCCAUAGUGAAACUAAUGGGCGAAGCACUGCGCUUGGCACCACAGCUAAGCCCACCAGCCCGCAAUCUACUACCUCGAACAGCCAACCGACCUCGCAAUCCGAGGCCGCCGGUCGGAGCCAGGAAACAGCUAUUACUGACGCUGCGUCGACAACGACGGUGGAGUCUGCUCAGUUGGCUGCUCCCCAAAAGCGGCCUGCUGAUGAGCUGCUCGAAAACCCCAAAAUUCCCAAGGCACCUAAAGCUAUGCAGCAACAAAUGCAUCAACAAAUUCAACAGGACCAAACCAACAUGCCGCAGUUUAUGGGUGGUGCCGGCCCCAACGGGAUGAACGGAAUGAUGGGGAUGCCCAAUAUGCCCAAUAUGCCCAUGAUGCCUUUUAAUCCUAUGAACAUGAUGGGAAUGGGCGGCAUGCCCAACAUGGGUAUGCCUAUGGGAAUGCCCAUGAUGAAUUCUGGCAUGAUGGGUAUGCCAAUGAAUGGGGGCUUCCCCAUGGACAACAAUAUGUAUAACGGAAUGAUGCCCGGCGGGAUGCACGGUAAUAUGAUGGGUGGCAUGAACGGGCCCAUGAACGGCGGCGGGAUGAAUGGAGGGAUGAUGGCCCAAGGAAUGCCCGGCGGUAUGAACGGCGGUAUGAAUGGCGGUAUGAACGGGGGCAUGAACGGAGGCAUGAACGGCGGUAUGAACGGCGGAUACCAACCGAAUCGAAAUUUCAACAACCAAGGGUUCAACCAGGGAUACAACCAUGGCUACAACCAAGCUCACGGCAACCAUUUCAAUAACCAGAUGGGCGGUGGUGCGGAAGAUGACGCCUACUUCAGGAAGCCCGUGAACCCUCACCGCCAUAAUAACCGUCAAAAGCGCGUUCGACCCAGCGACUACCGCGAGCUAUAA